AUGAGUACAGGUAGUCCUGUAAAUUCAUCGACAGCAACCUCACAAUUAUCGUUAGUGGCUAGUGCUGCUAUUCAUGAUGUGAAACCAGAGCAAUCAUCAACCACUAUCAUAUUACCCGAUUGUCCGCCUCCCGUUUAUUCUCCAACAGGCAAUAUGCUUAAUCAAGUUGAAAACACUGCACCACAUACAGAAGCUCCACCUCCAUAUUGUUUAAUUGAUCCGAGUAAAAUAUAUUCACAUUAUCAACAUCAUCCGAAUAUAACAUCACCGGAGUAUAUUGACUUGGAUAAUAGUGAUACGACUCCUCGACAACAAGUAAUUUCAGCAUGGCUUUCUAGUGGUAAUAAUAUGGAUAUUGGAACAGAUUGUGCGUUUUUAAUGGCUUUUAUUGUGAGUUUUUUCUUUAAUUGGGUCGGAUUCUUGGCUGUUGUCUGUCUCAUACCAACAAUUUCAGCUCGUUUUGGAGCCAUGAGCGGUUUUGGUCUUUCAAUGGCAAAAUGGAUUACUGUUAUGAGAUAUCACGAUUUUAAAAAUGGUGUUCGAGAUCCGGCGCAAAAUUUUGUUUUUGCAAUUGUUUUAUUUACUGGGUUUUUCCUUUUCGUACGUGGUCUCAUAUCGUAUAUUACAGUUAAAAAUCGUGCCAAUCGUGCUGGACAAACUGCCGAAACAUUUACAUGGUAUUGA